AUGGGGCGGGCGGAGCAGGGCCCGCCGUGGGGCGUGUGGCUCCCGGACGCCCCGGCCUCGGGCCGCGAGCUCUUGUGCCGUGGGUGCCCGUCGCGGGGUGGCACGUCUAGUCGGCCGGACGCGCUCCCUUGGCUGCCCACGCCGGGGUCACGUCGGAGGUCACGUGAGCAGCUAAGUCCGGACGCUCCAAAGGUUCGGAGACGGAAAGGAACCGGAGCGGCGGCCCCCGCCCACCCCUCAGCCGUCAGCCACGGGGCCUGGGGAGCCCUGGCGCUUCCCAUUUCAGAGCGAGACCCGGGGCCGCACGCUGUCGCCGGGGUGGCUACCACAGGAGCAUCCCUGUCCCAGCAGCCAAGCCACCUCCCCCGCCUGGCCCGAAGUCCCCACCUAAGCGAGGGAGGCCGGAGCCAGGGCGGCCCGCCUUCCAGGGGGCCUUCGACAGCCCCCAGGGACCCCCAAACCUCCGCCGGCCAAAGGGGAGCGGCGGCCGGCCCCAACCACGCCGAGGGCCGAUUUUCUCCACCCCGCAUCAGCGCGCUUCCCCCGCCGGGAGGGAGGCCCGAGACCCGGGGCAGCCGUCCACACGGGCCCAUCUCGAGAGCCCCGAGCCGGAAGCCGGCGGGAAAAGAGGGGGACGGAUUGCCCGGCCUCAUUCGGCCCCGAAAUCCCGGCCCAGGGCAGCCCUCCCUGGACUCACUCCGGGAGGAGCCGGGCCACGGCGGCCCCGAAACCGCCCGGGCGCCGCCGCCGCCGCCGGCCCGCGUCUUUAAGCAGUAG